AAUUUUUUUUCUAUUUUUGUUUCAUAGAAUCACUCAUCACAUGCCAACAAACACUAAAGUCUAACAUGAAGAAGAGGUUCCAGCAUGUGUUUGAAGGAAUUGCAAAAUCAGGAAAUCAAACCUUUCUGAAUCAGAUCUACACAGAGCUCUAUAUUGCAGAGGGAGAAUCUGGAGAAGUCAAUAAUGAACAUGAGGUCAGACAGAUUGAAUCAGUGACCUGGAAACCAGACAGACCAGAAACAGCAAUUAGACAUGAAGACAUAUUUAAACCCUCACCUGGAAGAGAUGAACCAAUCAGAACAGUGAUGACAAAGGGAGUGGCUGGCAUUGGGAAAACAGUCCUGACUCAGAAGUUCACUCUGGACUGGGCAGAAGACCAAACCAACCAGGACAUCCAGUUCAUGUUUCCAUUCACAUUCAGAGAACUGAAUCUGUUAAAAGAUGAACAGUUCAGCUUGGUGGAGCUUGUUCACCACUUUUUUAGUGAAACCAAAGGAAUCUCCAGGUUUGAAGAGUUAAAGGUUGUGUUCAUCUUUGAUGGCUUGGAUGAGAGUCGACUUCCACUGGACUUCCACAACAAUGAGAUCCUGACAGAUGUAACAAAGUCCACCUCAGUGGAUGUUCUUCUGACAAACCUCAUCAGAGGGAACCUGCUUCCCAAAGCUCACCUCUGGAUAACCACAAGACCUGCAGCAGCCAAUCGGAUCCCUGCUGAGUUUGUUGGCAUGAUGACAGAGAUCAGAGGAUUCACUGACCCACAGAAAGACGAGUACUUCACUAAAAGGUUUAAAUCUAAGGAGCAGGCCAGAAUGGUAAUCUCCCACAUAAAGAAAUCCAGAAGCCUCCACAUCAUGUGCCACAUCCCAAUCUUCUGCUGGAUCACUGCUACAGUUGUGGAAGACAUGUUGAACAAGAAAGAUGGAGAAGAUCUGCCAAAGACCCUGACUGAGAUGUACAUCCACUUCCUGGUGUUUCAGACCAAACUGAAGGUCAUCAAGUACGAUGGAGGAGCUGAGACAGGUUCAAUCUGGAGUCCAGAGAGCAGGAAGAUGAUCGAGUCUCUGGGAAAACUGGCUUUUGAUCAGCUGAUGAAAAGAAACCUGAUCUUCUAUGAAUCAGACCUGGCAGAGUGUGGCAUCGAUAUCAGAGCAGCCUCAGUGUACUCAGGAGUGUUCACACAGAUCUUUAGAGAGGAGAGAGGGCUGUACCAGGACAAGGUGUUCUGCUUCGUCCACCUGAGUGUUCAGGAGUUUCUGGCUGCUCUUCAUGUUCACCUGACCUUCAUCAAAUCUGGAGUCAAUCUGCUGGCAAAAGGUGAAACAAAAUCCAAGGACUUCGAAACAAGAAGCCAUGGAUCCUCAGAGAUAGAAAUGUACCAGAGUGCUGUGGACAUGGCCCUAGAGAGUCCAGAUGGACACCUGGACUUGUUCCUCCGCUUCCUACUUGGUCUUUCACUGGAGACCAAUAAGUGUCGCUUAAGAGGCCUUGUGAGACAGAAAGAAGAAAAUUUAAUGGCUAAUAAAGACACAGCCCAGUACAUCAAGGAAAAUAUAAAUAAUCAUCUAUGUGUUGAGAAAAGCAUCAAUCUGUUCCACUGCCUGAAUGAACUAAAUGAUCAGUCUCUGGUGGAGGAAAUCCAACAAUCUCUACAAACAGGAAGUCUUUCAGCUCACCAGCUGUCUCCUGCUCAGUGGUCAGCUCUGCACUUCAUGCUACUUUCAUCAGAUGAAGGUCUGGAGAUGUUUGACCUGAAGAAAUACUCUGCUUCAGAAGAUGCUCUACUGAGGCUGCUGCCAAUCAUCAAAAUCAUUAGCAAAGCUAUACUGAGUGGGUGUAACCUCUCAGAGAGAAGCUGUGAAGCUCUGUCCUCGUUGCUCAGCUCAACAACAUCUAGUCUCAGAGAUCUGGACCUGAGUAACAACGACCUGAAAGAUUCAGGAGUGAAGCUGCUGUGCAGUGGACUGAUGAGUCCAGACUGUGAACUGGAGAUUCUCAGGCUUUCAGGCUGCCUGAUCACAGAGGAAGGCUGUGCAGCUCUGGCUUCAGCUCUGACUGUGAACCCGUCUCACCUGAAGGAGCUGGACCUCAGCUUCAAUAAUCCAGGACAGGCAGGAAAGGAAAGUCUGGAAGCUCUACUGAAGAAUCCAAGCUUCAAACUGGAGUCUCUAAGCAUGGAGCCUGCAGGAGAAAGAUGGCUGACACCAGGUCUGAGGAAGUAUUUCUGUCCACUAACAGUCGACCUAAACACUGUGAACAGAUUCCUCAAACUGUCUGAUGGAAACAGGAAGGUGACACUUGUGGAAGAGAAGCAGCCGUAUCCUGACCAUCCAGACAGAUUUGAUCUCUGUCAGCUGCUGUGUGCUGAUGGUCUGACUGGUCGCUGUUACUGGGAGGUGGAGUGGGGUGGGAAAGUCUAUGUAUCACUGAGUUACAAGGGAAUCAAUAGAAAAGGAGUCAAUGACGAUUCAUGGUUUGGAUUUAAUGAUAAAUCCUGGAGUCUAGUUUGCUCAGAUGAUGGUUACACCAUUUGGCACAAUGGAAAUAAAGCCUUCGUCCCUGUCUCCUCUUCCUCCUCUGCCUCUGACAGAGUAGCUGUGUAUGUGGACUGUCCUGCUGGGACUCUGUCCUUCUACAGAGUCUCUUCAGAGACACUGAUCCACAUCUACACCUUCAACACCAAAUUCACUAAAACUCUUUAUCCUGGAUUUACAUGCAGGAAUCGUUCUGGGGGGUCUUGGUUCUUGUUUUAGAGUAAUCUUUUCUAAGUUAGAGGAAAUCUAACUUUACAUGUGUUUCAUCCAAGACAUAGUUGUAGAUUAACAUUCUUUGUAAAACUGAGUUUAAAUAUCAUAAAUAAUCACAAAGUGCUUCACAAUAAACGCUGUAGUCUGCAGGAACUCCAGUACCAACCUGAGUGGGCGGGGCUUAAGUGAUGUCAUUAAACUACCACACCAGUAUGUGAAGCAGUGAAGCUCCCUGGUGAUACACAAACAAUCUGGUGCAGAUCAGAUGAUGUAUCAUGGACAUAUAAACCUAAUGGCCUCUUAAGAGGUUAACAAAGGUCAUUCAUUUUGUGUAAAUUGGAUGAUGCAUGUGUGAUUAGAGCCAAUCCCUCAAAGUAUGUAAACUUUGACGGAUUAUAAUUCGUCAUUCUACCACAGCAACAUGCUGCAGCCAUAGCUGAGAGAAGGAUUCAGCAUCAUGUUGUCGUUGGACUCGGGUCUAAAUCGGUAUGAAUCAAACAGUAAAAUAAUGACCACCAGAGGAAAACGGGUAACUUCCUGUUCAAAGGGGGCGGGGCUAAGGUGAUGUCACAUAUUGACCAUGUGAAUGUGAUCAAUGCUGGUCUGUUAUGACACAUAAAGUCUGAAGCAGCUGUGAGUUUGUAUGUGGAAGUGAUUCCAUCUUGACAUUUAAGUUUUAAAGAGUUGCACAGAGACUGUUGCAUAAUGGCAGUAGGUCAUGUAACUUGUACUAUUUACUGAAGUCUUUUUAUUAGUGGAUAGACCUAAGGGU